AGCCGGGAAAUUCAAAGCGAAGCUAAAUCAAUCAGAGACUGAUGGGUUUUUUAUACUAGCUCAGUCUCGCAGCUAUUAUGCAGCUAAAGUGCCUGACAAUCGUACUAGUAAUAUCCCAUGGGAUCUGUACACAUUUAGACUCCUGGCAUUCGGUGCCACAGGUCAAUGUGGGUGAAAUACCGCCGAAUGGUCAGCCCUUUCAAAUAGUUCGGGUCAUCGAGUAUAUAGUGCCGUAUCCCUAUCAGAGACCAUCCAAAACAUCUGCCAGAAGUCCAGAUGCAAUCUCCAGGGAUCCAAACAGCCUGGAGAUAAUUCCAGCUGAUGUCGAAAGUCUACUUAGGAGGAGUCAGACAACUGGCAAGCCAAAAGGAGUCCAGCACUUUCUGAUGAGAGUGCUUUAUGAAAACAAAGUCAUCUGCAGUGGGGCUCUAAUCUCCAGUCGACUGGUUUUGACCUCUGCCUACUGUUUUCCCAGGACUUCGCGUAAUCCUCCAGCACAUUUAUACAAAUUGCAGGCCAGCCGGAGUCGGAUAUAUUCGGUGGCUAGUAUUAUUAUUGGCACCAUGGAGGACAUGGCCCUCCUUCUGCUCAAAUCUCCGCUGCAGGAUGCGUUCGUGCAGCCAAUUGAACUCUGUGACACUGCUCUUCGGCGAAAUGACAAUGUCACCAUGUACAUGUCGCAGCAGCAUCUCCGCUUUCUGCGCACCAAACUCAUCGCCAAUGGGAACUGUAAGCGCAGUUAUGCCCAGGACGAGAACGCCUUCAUCACGAAGACCAUGUUGUGUGCCCAGAACUCGAACCGACUGAUGGACUGCCAGACGACCAAGGGGGAUCUGCUAAUCCAUAAGAAUCGGGUGUGCGGCGUCGACAUUUACGGACAGCACUGCUCCGAUGGAGCCGUCAACGGAGAACUCUAUGCGGACGUAUUCAAGGCCAGGACGAUGCUGCAGCGAUUAAUUGAGCGAUAUUCUAAUUAA